AUGAUAAGUCUUUUCUUUAUUUUCACAAUAGCCCCGUUCGCGCUUGCACAAUUCUCGAACCCCCCUCCUGGUCGGGCAACUUGGAAGAUCGGUGAGAUACAAAGUAUCAGUUUCAAAACAAAGUUCAAAAAAUUCUCCAUCGCUCUUUGGCAAGAGGCUCCUCAUGGAGGCUCAGCAACUCUCGGGCCUAUAGUCUUUCAGACUGUAAAUAAUGCGGCGACUCAAUUUACUUGGCUUGUUCAGGCAUACGACUUUAACUUGACCGUAUCGAACGUAUUCUUUUUCUGGAUGUUCGAGGGUGACCCUUCGUUACAAGGCAACGGGUCAAGUCCUCAAAUGUCUUCUGCAUUUUUCUAUUUAUCGAACGAAACCACAGUUAGCACUUCAACGCAGACGACGCCAAUGAGCACCUCGGCCAGUCAAGCACCACUAUCUUCGACCAAUUUAGAUUCCCCUGCGGGAAGUAGCCAGAAUGAGCCUGUCCAGAAAGAUUCCAACGAACUGAGCGCUGGGGCAAAGGCUGGAAUAGGAAUUUCCGUUGGCAUAAUAGGUCUGGCGAUAAUUGCAUGCACCGGGCUCUAUAUUAGAAAAUCGAAGAAGCAGAAUCCUCAUGUCAUUGACGAACCUGUGGGAAGUCCACAACCAAUUCCCCCAAAGGAAGAAUGGCAAAAUAAUAUAGUUGCGGAAAUGGGUACCGUACAGAAGCUAAGCCCUGCUGAGUUGCCCUAA